AUAACAUUGAGUGAAUCUGUCCACGGUCAACGGUCUUCCCGAAAUGCAAAUGCUGCUUUGGAUUGAGAAAGAAACGUCAAAAAGACUUGAGAGUUGAGAGAGAAGUGGAUAUGGAGGGGGGCUAUCCGACGACCUUCUCCACAUACUCCUAUUCAACACCGAGACCCACGAACUGUUUCCAUCCUAAUUGCUCCAUUCCUCAUACCAUCAGCGAUUCUUUCCGAUCACGAAGCACAAGAAAAGUAAUCGCUCAUGGCUGCAGAAAAAGGGGAUUGGCGGUGAAAGCAAGAGCGCAGAGCUUUUCAACACUGAGGCAGACUCUUUCAAGCAACUGGGAUGUUUUCAACUACUCCAGAGCUCCUCCUUCUCGACUGCCCAGAUUUGAUGAACUGGACACCAUCAAUAUGCUUCUUCGUCAGAGAAUUGUCUUCUUGGGUUCUCAGGUAGAAAAUGCAUCAGCAGAUCUUCUUAUUAGCCAGCUAUUAUUACUCGAUGCUGAAGACUCCAAAAAGGACAUCAGAUUGUUCAUAAACUCGCCCGGUGGUUCCGUUACUGCUGGAAUGGGAAUAUAUGAUGCAAUGAAACAGUGCAAGGCUGAUGUUUCUACUAUUUGUCUCGGACUUGCUGCAUCGAUGGGUGCAUUUCUCCUUGCUGCUGGCACCAAAGGGAAAAGGUAUUGCAUGCCAAAUGCAAGGGUCAUGAUCCAUCAACCUCUAGGAGCAGCUGGUGGCAAUGCAACAGAUAUGAUGAUACGAGUAAGGGAAAUGGCAUUCCACAGGAACAAGCUAAAUAAAAUAUUGUCACGAGCCACAGGAAGGCCUCUGCAGGAGAUUGAAGAAGAUACAGACCGUGAUAAUUUUAUGGGUGCUUGGGAAGCAAAAGAGUACGGGCUAGUUGAUGUAGUAAUUGAUGAUGGAAAACCAGGACUGGUAGCACCUAUUGCAGAUGCGAGACCUCCACCGAAAACCAGGAUUUUGGGUCCAUGGAAAGUUGAGAGCAGCAAGAAAACAAAGCAGAAUUUGCCAUCAGAGGAGAGGAUGAUGAGGAACAUGAAAGAGGAUGGAUGUCCUAAUCCUGACAACCAAGGUAAUAAUAAUGAGUUUAUGAAUGAAGAUAAGAGUGUUGCUGCUGCUUAACUGAACGGUCAAAUCAUUUUCAACUUCUAUAUGUUCCAUUGGUCCAACACUUGCCCCAUUUAUAUUUCAAUGAUGUUUCAGAAUAUACAUAUGUUGAACUCUGCUGAUGGUUGGUUGGUAACUUGGUGUGCCCCAAUCCUUUUUUGUUGUAUUCCAUACUCGGUCAUUCCUUCAUUGAAAUGCUACUUUUUCAUAUCUUA